ACCGGGCGCGUCCUUUCUUUCUCACUUUCUUGAGUCCCCGUCGCUCGUUAUACUCGCACAAUCUUUGAAUCAUGACCAUGGGUCGUCUUCUCGUCGCCGCAUUUGCCGUCCUUGCUACCGCCCUGCCUUUGGCCGCAGCCACUGAUUGUGGUUCUGGAGAGUUCUGGUACGAGAACAAGAGCUGUUGCGUCAAGCAGGGAACUCCUCAAGCGCCUCCAAGCCCUCCCUCCGGCAAGGCAUGCCCGGCUUCUGGAAACUGGUAUUGGUCGUCGGAGAAAUCCUGCUGCUUGCCUUCGAGUAAGCCUCCGUCUGGCAACCCUGCCCCAACCUGCCCCAGCACCCACUCCUGGAGUUACGGUGACAGUGUUUGCAACCCAAAUACCCCUCGUAGUCCUUCAACGCCUUCUUCAUCCGAUUGCUCUAGCAGCGAAUUUUGGUAUUCUCCCAAGGGUUGCUGUCUUCCUCACGGUGGUGUUCCCAACCCGCCCUCGCCUCCUUCAGGAUCGGAGUGUCCUACCUCUGGGUGGUACUGGGGCAAAGAUCAGGGGUGCUGUGUGCCCCACCACCCCCCUGCGAACAACCCUCCCCCCCAGUGCCCCGGUGGUUGGGACUGGAUCUCCAACACCUGGAAGUGCCAGCCAUCUCCCCCUUCGCAUCCUACACAGCCCCCUUCUACUCCCUCUGGCACCCAUAAGAAGUCUCGCAAGGCUCGCGCGGCAUCUCUUUGCCCAACUGGCCUAAACGCUUGCCCCAUUGCGAAUGUUAGCGGGCUUUCCUCUGACUAUGAAUGCAUCGAUACCACUCAAGAGUUGGAGUCCUGUGGUGGUUGUCUCUCGACAGGUGCUGGCCAGGACUGCACUGCGAUCAAGGGCGCUUGGAAUGUUGGAUGCGAGCAGGGUUCAUGUGCCGUAUACAACUGCAUGACUGGCUACAAGCUUUCUUCGAGCGGCAAAUCAUGUAUCGCUGCCUGAUCAAUGGGCUUGAUAUUAUAUCCGAGGAACCUCAUGUCUCGUGGACUUGUUGGCUGAUUGUCCGAUUAUUUACCUUCCGAUGGCCCAUCUCUUCCUGUUUCUCGCCGUUGACCACAUCCAUCUUUCAUUCGCACGCUCUUUAGUAUAUUCUGAUUCACCGGCACCAAGCCGGCGUGGUCAUAGAGGACUUUGGGAUAGUUUGGUGAGAUCUUUAGUACACUUGUGUUCUCUUGUUUGUUGAAUACUUUUUCUAUGCAUCCGUCGAGCUUAUUGUUUAUGAGUGCUAGUUCCAGAAACAGUGGAUCAUUGUGUUACGAUGUGCUUUUGACAUUAUGCAACGUGACCAUGCUCCAAUCACAUGACUGGCGCGUUCAGUUUGGUGUUUAUUUGGCUCAACUUCUGCAAAUAAAGUUCAACCCACCCCAU